AUGAAGGUGUACAAAGCCACGGUGGUGCUAGUGCUACUGUGUGCCAUCAGCCACACAGUAUUUUCGGCUGUUAGAAAUGGUCACCUACCAAAUGGGAACUUCGAGUAUGGUCCAAAACCAUCAGAAAUGAAAGGCACAUUAGUGUUAAAUCACAAAGCAAUUCCUAAUUGGGAAAUAUCAGGCGUAGUUGAUUACAUAAAAUCAGGUCAUACACAAGGGGACAUGUUACUAGUAGUGCCUGAGGGAGCCUUUGCAGGGAGGCUUGGCAACGAGGCUUCAAUUAAGCAAAAGGUAAAGGUGAUCACGGAAGGGUUCUACUCGCUAACGUUCAGCGCCGCGCGCACGUGCGCCCAAGAGGAGAAGCUGAACAUGUCGGUUUCGCCGAGUUCGGAGCCAAAUGACUGGGGAAUUUUGCCAAUGCAAACCAUGUAUAGCAGAACUGGAUGGGAUUCAUAUUCAUGCGGUUUCAAAGCAGAUGCUUCCCAAAUAGAGAUUAUCAUCCAUAACCCUGGCGUUGAGGAGGAUCCUGCUUGUGGCCCACUUAUUGAUUCAGUCGCAUUGAAGCUUUUGAGCCUUCCUAACACAACGCAGGACACUUACUAUUUCAUCCUAACACAACGCAGUGUCUAGAUGGAUAUUGCUCCAACCUAGAGGCAGUAGCGAUGAACUAGAAGGAAUAGGAUUAUUAAAGCUAACACAACGAGAAAUUAGUGGUUCAAAAGAAACGGUGGACUUAUAAAUUCGUGAUAGCAUG